AUGCUCCUCCGCGGCGGGGCAUUGGCAGAGAUUAUACCGACUGUCACCCGACCCGUCGACCAAGUUCCACGCUUGACCACAAAACUCUGGGAUAUGGGUCAAGGAUUGGGUUUCCUCCCCAUCGCCUACGAAUCACGAUACGACACAUGGUGCAAAUCACAAGAAAGGAAUGACCACUUUGGAGACUCCAUUCCGGAAGACGAUAUUAAUUUUGGAGUGCUGAUUCUCCGGAUUUGCCUCCUCAGCAUUCAGAAUCUACCACAUUCCAAAUAUCCCACCUUCGGGGUAUUGAGCACUCACCUCGAUCACCUAGAGCAUUGGUUUUGUACACUUGCCGAUGAACUCGGUAAUUUGAACGCCCUUGAAAGAAAGCCCUCCAUUAUCACAGUUCAGCACAGAUUCUAUCACGUCUGCUACUUGCAGAACUAUGCCAAGAUUCGGCCUAGCUGGUCGGUCUUGAGUGCGGCUGUUAAGGAUGCGCGAGAGCUAGGACUAAAUCUGAAAAAUCCGGGUAUCCCCAUCAGUGACUUGGAUAUGGAGCUUCGACGUCGAACCUUUUGGAACUUUUACGUCUGGGAUCGAUAUAUGUGCACAUUUUUUGGGCUCUGGCCUCUCAUUCCUGAAGGAUAUUUUGAUAUCGACCCGCCCCACGAUAGUCUCCAGGCCCUGGCCAUCACGCCCUACGUCCUGACUCCAUUCACGGACCGGGAGACGAAUACACCACCCAAGCACGGCACUGACCUGCUCACACUUUCCCACCGUCGAGCGCUGAUGGAUGCUACGUGUAAGGCGAUCUCUUCCAUCACCAAGCUCUACGCAUUGACAGAUGACGAAGCAGACGGCGCCGGAGAAAGGAUAUUUAUGCUACCAAUCUGGCUCGUGGACGCUUUAGCGUGUCUCGGGGUCUGUCUGCUGUCUGUCCAAGCAGACGAAAGAAGACUUGCAGAAAAGGGAUUGCAGAUCAGUCCUGACCAAGGGCUACGAUCUGCUUUUGCUACAUUCUUCGAUACCUUUCGUCUACUCUGCCAGCAGGCUCUUCGGUACGGCUUAGCAAAGAGAAGUAUGAAAAUACUGGAGAUGCUACAUAACAUUUUGGAUGCUUCGCCCGGUCGCGAAUUUCUGCCUGGUACGGAUAAUUGUGAGACAGUCACUCUAGGAGCCUUUAGUAUGGCUCAGACUGGAGCGACAAGCUUCCAGCUGGAGCACGCACUGGUGUCCCUGCAUAGUCGCGGCGGCGAAGAAUCGCACAGUCGCAAUUCGACAUCCUUGCCAGAGUGGCUGCCCAGUUUCUUGCAAUCGCCUGGUCGAUCCUGGCUGUUUCAGGAUGGGGCGGUUUUUAGAAAUCUGUUAGCCUAG